GAGUCAACACAUUUUUUUCUUCUCUCUCUUUUCUCUGUUCGUCGAUGAAACAAUAUUUGAAUGGUAACCAAGUUGUUACUCUUUUCUGUCCACUUCUUUUUGUUCCGUAUUCAUCAUUUUUUCAUUCAUUGUUCAACACCAUGAAUGGGUAAAGAACACCUUUUUCGUAUCAACAUUGACUUUUUCACCUUGAAACAAUUUUCUCGCCAUUUUCGUCACAAACAAGAUUCCAAUUCCGAAAUGAUAAAAGUUGCUUAAAAUGCCGAUGAUUGGCUGUUUGACUUGAGUUUAAGUGUUGACCAAUUGGAACAGUGUUUCAGUGUUUACUGUUUUGACACUACUUAACUGCCUAGUGCAACCUCAAAGGGAAUGCUCAAAAUCGUUGCCAUUUCGUGCUUAUUUGUUCUCUACCAUGCAAACUGUCAGAGUAAAUAUUCAUCAUUACCAUUAUCAGAUCAACUUUUCAACGCAAAUGAAACUUUGAUUAUAAAGUCGCCUUCAAAGCGAUGUGAUCAAGCUCAUAGUGAUUGUACCGUCCAUUAUUAUUUUCAAAAUGAAGCUCCAAACUCAAUUGCAAGUGCACCAGUUAUUGAUCCGUUCAAUUUUUCUCGUUACCUUGAAGAAGGGUCAAGAAGUAAAAUACUUUGCACAGUAAUUAAAGGUGAUCCUCCGUUUACGAUUAAAUGGCUUAAAGAUGGUAAACCGUUGCUCGACUCGAGUGAAGACGGUGUCUCAACCAUAGCAUUGGAUGAUUACUCAGUGGCCUUAGUAUUUUCACGUGUAAAGCUCAAUAAUCGUGGCAACUACACUUGUCUAGUUUCGAAUGGAGUUGCAUCAACUAAUCACACAGCACCAGCUUUUGUCCGAGCUCGACCAAGAUGGACAUUGGAACCAAUGAACUCGGUUGGUGUAACCGGAAAAGAUGUAUUAAUCCAUUGUCAAGCUGAUGGUUUUCCUGAUCCAGUUAUCCAAUGGAAACGUGCCUCUGGUGAUAACCUUUCAAGUCCAUUCCAGUUGAUCCAGUUUGACGGUCGAUUCCGUCAAUGGCCCAACAAUACACUCGAAAUUAAAUCAACCGACAAAUCAGAUGCUGGUUAUUACAUGUGUUCAGCCUCAAAUGGUAUCGGACCCGGAAUCAAUACAAUCAUUGAACUGCAAAUCCGAUCUCCAGCUCAUUUCAAAGAGGAAUUUAAAGUUGAAACGGUCCGUAAAGGUGGCCUUUUGGUAGUUCGUUGUGAAGCCUUAGGUGAUAAACCAUUGACCAUUGAUUGGAAAAAAGAUGGUCAAGUGUUUAAAGUUUCAUCCGAUAAAAGGUACAGCGUCAUUGAGACAAUAACGGAUUACGGUGUUAUAUCAGAGAUUCGUGUUGGUGCCGCUGAUCGAAGAGAUUCAAGUCUAUUCACCUGUACAGCAACCAAUGGGUACGGGACUGACAAGACCAAUAUUCAAGCAAUAGUUCAAGAAAAACCUGAUCCUCCGAGCAAAGCAGUUAUAACCAAAGUUGAAAGUCGAGACAUAUCAUUGUCAUGGUCUCCACCUUAUGCAGGAAAUAGUCUUAUACUUCAUUAUGUCAUUGAAUACAAAGAGGUAACUGGAGACUGGAAAACUGAUCGUAAGCUACUUCGUGUUCCUGGUACAGAGACUAGGGCUACUAUUGGAAACUUGUGGCCAGACACUUCGUACCAUCUCCGGAUAUUGGCUGAAAAUGUACUUGGAACAAGUGAACCUGGACCAGUUCUCCAUGCAAUCACUGAAUUAGAAGUUCCAUCCGAGUAUCCAUCAGAUGUUCGCGCUGAACCUUUUGGCUCAAAAUCCAUCAAAGUCAAAUGGAGGCCACCGAAGUCAAUGAGAGGCCGCAAUCGGAUAAAAGGCUAUUAUGUUGGCUAUAAACCAGCCAAUCCAGAGAAAACAUUUAUCUUUAAAACGAUGGAAGUUGAUGAUCAAAGUGGACCUUAUCAGUUAAUGUUGAACAAUUUAACUCCACUUACAAGGUACAUCAUUAUAGUUAAAGCCUUUAAUCGGAAAGGAGCCGGACCAGCAAGUCCAGAGAUUUCAGUGAAAACCAACGAUUUAGAUUCCCCAAAAGCUCCUAGACUAGAAGUGCUGGCAACGGGGCACAACUCAAUUUCAAUAAAGUGGGACUUGAGUGAUCCAAACUCGAACAUUUUAGGUUAUCGACUUUACAUUAAGGAAGAAGAUUCUUCUUGGACUGAAUAUCGAAUUGAUGGAGAGUUCAAUUCUCACGUAUUUGGUGAUCUUUCAUGUGGACGCAAGUAUGAAAUUUAUGUGACUGGUUACAACGAAGCAGGGGCUGGUCAACCAUCCAAUUUGGUUAAAACCAAAACUCAUGGUUCAGUUCCCAAAGCUCCAUCAAUCGCAUCAUUUAUUCGAACCAAUGGAACAGUCACAAAUCUUCUUCUCAAGGAAUGGGAAAGCGGCGGUUGUCCAAUUAAGGACUUUAAAAUUCAGUAUAAAAUGGAUGGUUCGAGUGGAUCAAAUGGGUUGCCAAGUGGAACCUCGCUGAGCUCAAUGAAUGACUGGAAACAGUUGACUCAAACUGUAUCGGGUGAUGUCAAGUCACUUUUACUUCGUGAUCUUAUUCCAGAUGCCUCUUAUCGAAUUCGCAUUGUGGCUCGAAGUGAUUCAGGAACCACUCAAGCCGAGUACAAUUUUCUUACCUCAACAAACCGUGACUAUGGUUCACCUCCGUCUGAACCUGGUUGGUCAAUAAGUGAUCAUGAUGUUGCCUGGAUCAACAUUAUACUGUUUCCUUUGAUUGCAGUUUCAGUCAUUAUUGGUUGCAUUGUCAUUCUCGUCUUUGGAUUGAGAAAAAAACCUUUACCCAGAAAGCCAGAACGUGUUUGCUCAAUCAAGGAAUCUAUAUCAUACUCUGAAGAGCUUCCCAUGUCGGAGAUUUCAGUGAAACAAUCACGAACAAAUUUAUAUGAUAAAUCAAAUGGUUUGGAUGUGAUUGGCAGUUUAGGUGGUCCGCUCGGCUCCAAUACCAAUGGACAUGGGAAUGUGGGAAAAGAGUGCCUUUAUUGUCCUUCAAUUUUAACACCUAAUAGUGAUCGAUGUUCCGGUUCACUCAAUUGUACGCAAUACUCGACCAACUCUGUAAAUACUUGUACAGAUGAUGGGUUUACACCAUCAACCAACCACUAUGGUAGAGCAAGGGAAGAGCAAACCUAUGAAGUUCCCUUUUUACUGACCAAGCCUAAAACAAGCCACUUGUCAGGGCGCUAUUCAACAACAAGCUCUGAACAUCCAUACAGCUAUCCAUGUAAAUUCAUUCGUACAUCCGAAGAUUGAUACAGAAAGAGAAAUGGAUACAGAAAAUGAAUGAAGGCAAGCCUCAGUAAAAGUUUCUUGUCUUACUUUUACAAAGUUUGCUUUCUGGAUGGUUUUAAGUUGAAAAACAAUGAGCCUGAUAAUUUCGAAUAGGAAUAACAUUCACUUUACAAGCUGGUGCAAAUGGAUAAUGGAUCGUCUCAAUGAUUCGCAAGAUCGUGUCUAUUCAUAUCGAAAUAUUGUUUGCAAAUUACCUUUUUUUAUACCUGAUAAGUUGAAAAUUUGGCCUUAACAUAAAUGCUGCAAAUAAUGUUCAUUUUAAAUUACCUUUUUCUAUUGCAUUAUGAUUGUGAUAAAGUUGUGAAUAAAAUCA